CCGCCGAGCCACGGCAGCCGGCACGCUGUCGUCGCCGGCGCUCAGUGACUUGUGCACCCUACGUGCGAGCAAGUGUUUUUCGUCGUGGACUCUCCGUGUGGCACGAGAAAAAAAGAAAAGAGAAGAAAGCGGAGCUUUGGUGUGCGUAUGGCUUGGAUCGUAGUCAUCUCUUUCGUUUGAGUGAACUAACCAGGGAACGCGUCACGAAACUUCGAUCGAAAAUUGCGUUCCACGCUGCGCGCGCUUUGCGCCGGUGACCCUGACAUUCGACGAACGAGAGCGGCUCGAUAUAUUUGCCCGAACGUAUCGGUUAGAGAAUCAUCAUCGUUCAAAAUUGUUAAUUGAAAGUGUCCGAUCUUUGUUGAUUAUAUACACAUUUUUUGUACGGAUAAUCAUCGUUCGAAGAAACAAAUCAUCGAAAGACUUCACUGAAUCUACCGCGACGUGGCGUCGCGGAACCACGCUGACCUUGACUUUGGUACACGAAACACAUCACACCACAACUGAAGAAAAUAGUUUUAGAAAUCGAACCGCAGCCAUUGUUUAUAGUGAUAUAGUCUCAAGCUCGUGCCUGGAGUGACCGUUGUUUUUAUACACCGUUCUUGUGUCGAAACAAACAUCGAAUAAUAGUUUAUUUGGGCAUAUUCAGCAUUUUCAAAUAUCGCCAAUUGACGCAGCGCGGUUUUCUCGUUAUCGCCCGCCUUUUUUCUCAAGUACCAGACAUAUCCGCUGCGUGUCUCUGCAAUUUACUACGCGCCACUUGGCGAAACAUCGAACCAGUCAUUGAAUGGGUGUGUGUGUGACAACGCAGCAAAGACGCGGGAAUUGUGUAAAGAUGAAAGAAUAGAAAAUAACCGUACGUGAAGCGUUGUGCAACGAAGCAAGUCUCGUGAUUGGUCGAUUGUCUAUACAGCUGUGUCAUUUACCUAAUUUCUCCGAGUUGUUUACCGACACAAGAAGACACAUCGGUGUGUGGUUCACGGUGAACCAAUUGCAAGAAACGGCGAAAAGCACAAGGGUGUGUUUGACACCGAUCCGGGAAGAGGAAGUGAUGGCACCACGGCGUCACGCAAACGGCCACGCUGGUGUAUUGAUGGAGAACGGUGGAGGAGGAGCCGGUGGCGGUGGUAUACACGACACGAUGGAGAACAACCUGCUAACACAGAAUCAAACGACUCGUUGCUGUACGCCUACCGGUGAAUGCCUCCGAGGCGAUGCUUUAAUUCGCUUAAACGCUCUACAUGACACGGUCAAGGUGACGUGUAACAACGAUAGUUGCCCGGUCGGUCAGUUUAUGCAUCGCGAGUGUUUCGACGCCUGGGAGCAGACCGUACUCACCUAUUUGAAGAGUUGUGGACGCGCCCGUAGCUGGUCCGAACGACAGCGCCAUCAAAAUCUGUGGACGAAAAAGGGUUACGAUCUCGCGUUCAAAGCGUGCGGUUGUCGAUGCGGUCGUGGACAUUUGAAGAAAGAUUUGGAUUGGAUGCCACCGGGAACGGGGAACGCGCCUGGAAAUCGACAAGAUGAGAACGAAGCAAAGAAGAAGAAACGACGUAAUCGGCAAAACACCAGGCCUACGUUAGCUGUUUCGGCCGGACCUCCGAGCCACGGCAAUCACGUUUCGACGAAUGGUCGUGGUACUACCGAAGCGCAGUUGAUCGAAUCUGGACGUGGAAGGGCUGGUUCCUUGUCAUCUAGCACCGGUUCGAGCUCACCACCCGCAACCAGUGAACCCAGUGUUAGCCCUCUUCAUCAACCGCAGGUUAUGAUGAAGAAGAAGAGCAAAGUUGAUUUCUUUAGUGAUCGAGCUCGGCAAAGUUGCGGUGCGAAUGGAAUCUUUUCUCGCCGCCUGGACUUCAGCGCCUUCAACAGCCUGCCGCGCACUAAACUGAACUCGUAUCACAUAAAGAUGGAAGACGAGGGCAAUCACGGGAACGAUGACACCAGAUGCUUCAUCCUGUCCACUCUCGCGGCGCUUCAGUGGUCCAGAGUGUCCUGCGUCCUUUGUCGGGCGCCUAUGCUCGUUUUCGACAGGUAUCCAUUGGUGGACGGCACUUUCUUCUUAUCACCGAGACAGCACUCGUCCGCCUGUGCAGAGGUUAAAGUGGAGGGUCGCACGCAGUUCUUGUCCGCUGUUUGUAUGAGUUGCCUGGAGGGAAGUGGCGGCCAGCCUGUACGUUGUCGCUGCUGUACUCAACCCUGGGAUGGAUCCAGCUUGGUUCUUGGCACCAUGUACAGCUACGAUAUCUUCGCUGCUAUGCCCUGUUGCACCGAGAGACUCAAGUGCAACAGCUGCCAGAAGCCGCUCAUCUACCCGCACCAGCGGCUCAACUUCUACUCGGACUAUAGCCGCGUGUUCGCGUGCCCGCAUUGCCGUGCCGUCGACGCCCAUUUCGUGAAACCGCUCUCGGUCUGCUUCACCCGCGACCAAUUCCAGCUCUACAGCCAGUGGCCGUAACCAUUAGGGAACUUAGCUAACCGGCGUCAUCGAAUCACUGCGACUGAACCGUGUCCCCUCUUCUUCGAUCCACUCAUCUCCCUGCUCCGGGCGACCUUGCUCUAGAUCCUUCCAACGCAUCGUUUUUUCAUUCUUCUGAUACGAUUAUAUAUAUAAACACAAACACAAACACACACAUACAAUACACACACAUAUAUAUAUAUGUAUAUCAUUACCGAGAAGAGAUGAUGGAGAUGAAGAAGAAAAAGAAAGAAAAAAAAAGGAAGAAAAAAGUUUAAGCAGACGGAAUGUUAAAGGAAGAAGCGUGAAAAGUAUGGCUUCGGUACUCGUCACUUCACUUUCUACCAUUCUGCGGAGAAAGAUCAUUUUCUUUCCCCCUCUUUAGUUUCGUUUAUUUUCGUUUUUUUCUUUUCGAUUCGAUCGCGUUUCGAUUUUGGAGCGGGAACGAUUUCAUGAAAAUCGUGCAUUUGAUAAAUUGAUUCUCUGAUGAUUUUCGUUUCUUUUGAAGUUUGAAUUGGGUAGAGCGACUCCCCUCCAACGAAUGUCGGAACGUAUUAUUAUUAUUAUUAGCUUUUUCCCCCGUGCUGUAUUAUGAUUUAAGUAUUAUUGGAUCUUGCCGAUUAUCCGCAGAGUGGGAAAGAGUGGACUGUCGAGUACCUGGCGCUCUUAUAGAAAGCGUUUUAAGAUUUUUCUUUUUUUCAAUAGUAGGGUUUAUAUAUGUUGAUACUAUGCAAGGGACGAAUCGAGUGUAUUCGAUAGACGGACGCUUUGGAUGGUUGGGCACGUGACGACGUAUCCAUCGAUUUCAAUGAAGUGUUAAACACGCUUGGCGGCAAAUCUGGCCAAGGAUCUAUCAUCAGUAUUAUUUAUAAGAAUGGGGAGAAGAGGUGUUUACAUUUUUUAUAUCUUUUUUAAGUUCUUUCUGUUAUUCUUUUUGUUUAAAUUAGCAACGAAGAACUGAUUCUUCGUUUUUACUUUUUUUUCGUUUUUUGUUCGUUUUUUUGUCAUUUUCAUUGUGUUCCAUUCGGCGAAGAAUCGAUUUAGUCGAAUUUAAAUGCGAGUAAAAUUCUUUAGGAUGGCGUAAAUGAUAAAAAAAGGGAUGUUUAGUCGUUCGUGUUCUAGAGGUUAAGAGAAAUAUUUGAGAAAAUUAGGUUUAUAAAAAUAAAAAGGAAGGAAAGAAAAAUCAUCGAGGAAUACGUCGAUACGUGGUCAAUUCGCGUGUAAUCCGAAAAGUUUUUAAUCGUCCCUCGCAUUUUCUAUAUAGUCGAAUUGCGUUAAUCGAAGGGAUAAAAGAAAGACGACGAAUCGUGGAUAAACAUGAAUCGAGAUACGCAGAAUUAUAAAAAUAAACAAAAAAAAAAGUAAUAAUGGUCAAACUUCCCUGUAUAUUAAGUAGGUAUUGUGUUAAGGAAGAUAAAAAGGAAAAAAAGGAAAAAAAAAAAGAGAAAAAUAAGAAAAAAAAUGACAAAAGGCGAUUUCAUACGAAUAGGGGGGAGAAAAGAUAUGAGAACUAUCGUUUGUUACUUAGAUAAUCGAACGUUGUUUUUUUUACAUUUUAUUAGUUUAUACGUUUACGGCGGCCAUGUUGAUUUUGUUUAAGGAUCUACAACUCAUUCGAAUGAGUUUCACGUUGAUCGGCAGGACGCCCAGCGAUCUUCCACCCUCGAGAUCAAUCUCCCUUACGAUUAUAAUUUUUGAGAAUAAAACUUUCGAAUAAAACUCCUCUGGAAAUAUAUAUAUAUAUAUAUUUUUCACGGGCAGAUACUGUGUUUCGAGAAUAAUUAUCUGAAAAACUAAUUUUCUCUCGAUGCAGCGUCCAUCCGUGAAAAAUAACCAGAUAAAUUCUCGAUAGUUUUACCCUCAACUGUAUCCACACUCUUAUUCCUCGAUCCCCGAAGUCCAUCCCCCUCUUUUUUCUUUUUUCUUUUUUUCGUGAAACAGAGGACAUUCGGUUUACCACACGAAAACGGGAAAAAACAAAUCCUCGAUUUACUUUCCUCUCGAUCCCAGAUCCCUUUUUCCACCCCAUUUUCGUUUCAAUUUCGCAGCAACGGCGUGUUCCAAGUUGGAAGUAUACUCGAGGGUUGGUCGAAAGCCACGGGCGUCCGAAGAAGCCAGUGUAAAUACGUAAUUAAGCGGGAGAGGAAUAAAGGGAGUAGUGGAUGGCGGAAGGAACCGCAGGGUUCUUUUAAAAAGAUGGUGGAAGAGUGGCGGAAGAGCGAGAGAGAAAGCACGGGUCGUGACGUUUCUCUCGUAAGGAAGAUGGAGAAUAUGGGAAUGGAUUCUCGCGAGAGAAGAAAGAAAAGGAUGAGAAGGAAAGAGAGAGAGAGAGAAAGAGAGAGAAGGAAAAGAAAAAAAAAGAUCUUCGUUUUUUCUGGCGAUGCUGGUCGUUGCUAUCCAUCAAUAGCGGCCGUCCCACAAACAGAAGACCGCCCACCGUUUUCCCAAGGUAGUAUAGUCGAUCGUGUACCUUCUUUACGUUACUUCGAUUUAAAAAAAAAAGUAUACUUAAUCCAUUUGUACGCCGGGAAGUAUAUAUAUAUAUAUAUUUAGGAGAUUUCUAUAACGUGUAGAGGUUCUUUAGCGAGGACACGUGAACCCUGUUGCCUGAUGCCUUUCGUGCAAUGUCCUCUUGAGAAUGAAUCGAGAGAAAAAGAAGGAAGAAGAAGAAGAAGAAAAAGAAAAACAGUAAGAAGAAAAAAAAAAAGAAGAAGACGAAGGAAAAGGUUGUUUUCGUCUAUUACGUGAUUUUGUUUCCUUUCUUCGUUUGUUCGUGGAGGGUGUCACGACGGGCAAGGGGGUUCAUUUUCACAACCGAGCGCACGCUAUACGACGAUUUAAUCUACGAAGAAUAUUAGCGAGAGUGAGGCGUGUGAGCGGCGUGAAUGCGAGCCAAAAGGGAGAGAAAGGGAGGAGUGAAUAAAUUGCCGAAGAGUUGUACGUAUGUGUGUAUGUGUGUGUGUGCGAGAGAAAGAACGAGAGACAGAGAAAAGGAGAUCAAAAAGGAAAAAAGUAAAAAAAAAAGAAAAAAAGAAAAAAAAAAGAAAAAAUUGAAGAAAAACAGAGGAUAUUCGUGUAGGAAGACCCGUUCUUGGUACACAUAUAUACUUAUUACAUGUCCUAUGUAAAACCUUUUUUUUUUUUUUUUUUCUAACAGCUCGAAUAAAAACGAGCCGAAGAGUGCGUUAAUAAUCAUCAUCGUCAUCCGAUUUUUCACCGCGCUUUUCUCGUUCAGUUCCUUAGAGUUUCUUUUGAUCGUGUCGCGAAGAAACCGUUUUUGCGUUCGAAUAGAUGAAAGAAAGAAAGAGAGAAAGAGAGGGAGAGAAAGGGAGAGAGAGAAAGAGAGAGAAAGAGAGACAUGCAGGCAGAACAAUAUAGUAGAAAGAGAGAAAAAGAAAUGGAGGAGAAGGAGGGAUCGUCUCUCGUUAAGUUUUUCUCAGAGUGCCAAAUAGGGGAGAGAAAGAUAGAGAGAAUGGAAGAGGGAGGCCGGGAUAAAAUGAAAAAAAAAAAAAAAAAAAGAAAAAAAAAGAAAAAACGAGAGAGAAAAGAAAAGAUAAUCGUCUAUGAUAUUGUUUUUUUCGCGUAUUAUUUCACUUCUUCUGGGACACGGGACACGCGAUUUUCUUAGCUUCCACGCUUUUCAUCCGGUUAAAUAUCAAAAGAUCAACGCGCGUUACGAUAAUCGCGUUAUUAGAAAUUAGGAUUAAUCUCGAAGCUGAUCUGUGGUGGUUUAUUAUAAUGUAUAAACGAUAAUUAUAAUAUACAAAUAUAUAUACAUUCGUUUCGUAUUUAGUUGUUUCGUGCCCGGUGAUUCUUCUUGUAUUAUCGAUAAAUAAUUGAAACGUUGCUCGCGUGUGCGAUUCGUUCCCGGUUCAGUUAACGCGAGUUCGCGUUCGUGUGACGAAACGAAUGGAAAAAAGGGGGAAAAAAAGGAAAAAAAGAGUGAGAGCGUGCGUGUGUGUGUUUGUGUGUAAGGGAGAGAGAGAAAGAGAGAGAGAGAGAAAUAAAUCCUCCCACGCCGCGCCACGAAGCGCGCGAGCGCGCCUAUACUACUUUCUGUACUCCCUACCGUUUUCAAUUUUUGCUACGUGGUUCGCGUCGUUGAACAGAAUUUUGGGUGCCCCACGAUGCGAUGCGAAUUAAUCGGCUCACUUUCAGUUCCUAGUUUCGAGAUCGAUAGAGAGAAAGAGAAAGAAAGAGAGGAACACGAGGGAGAAGACGAUCGCGCGUUCCUCUCGCGGGAGAAGUCGAUCCGCGAUCGCGACGCGCGCCCUCCCUUUUUCCCCCGAUCGAUCGAUCGUCGAUCCUCUCGCGAUUUUUCGAAAAGUUAUAGUUACCCGGUUUGAAAUGCGCUUUUCGAUUGCAAACAACGAAUCGCAAUUUCUUGGAAUAAGGAGGAAGGGGGAGGGGGAAUUUUUUGUAGAGACGCGCGAAUAAUAUCGAACUAGGAUCGAAUCGAUCUUACCUUAACGUAUCCGAAAACUUAUUUACACGCGGAGCAUGUAAUACCAGCUGCAACAUUUGAAUAUUAGACGCACGAAAUUCCAGCUUUUUGCAGAUCGCGUCUCUCGUCUGCACUAUUAUCCCCAAAACACGGCGAUCGAUCGUCAAAGGGGAGCCGCGCGAUACCUUCGAGGCACCUGAAAAAUUCGAUUUGUAAAGAAAAAAAAGAAAAGAAAAAAAAAACACGAUUAGUCAGUUUCGUCGACGCGUCGGCGUACCUAUAUCCUAGGAUCGUUUUUAAGGGAAAUUUGCAUCGAAGAAGCGUAUAAUAUCCAGAGGAGAUAAACGUCCUCCAAUGGAUCCGAGAGGGGCGAUGGAAGGGUAGUGUACGAGAGCGCUUUUUAGUUUUUCUCUAAAAAUGGGUGCGUCUCGACGCAUAAACGGCGCACUCGCUCUUAGUAGUUGCUUAAGGCUAAACCUAAUUAAUAAACCUUUAAGGCUAAACCUUUUUUUUUUUUUUUUUUUCUUUAUUCUCCGAAAGUAAAAGUAAAAGUAACGAUUUUUCUAACCUUUUCCGCGCUCCGUGACGUUUGUUUUCGAGGAACGGGAGGCGGUUUCAGGUAGGGAGGAGACGAUCCCAAAUGUGUUCUUUCUCCUCGACUGCAAUUUAAUCCCUCUGUUGAUGAAUCUACCUCGAUCCACGCGACUCCACGAGAGGAGAGCAUUUUUCUGUUUUCCUUUUUUCGGCACGGGAACUUUAUCCUUCUCGCGACCAUUGCAAUAAUUAUUCGAGAGGGAGAGGACACGCACGAAAAUACGCCUCUGAAGCGUAUCUUUUUUCUUUUCUUUUUUCGAAUCCUCCCCCGCGAUCCGUUUCUCGGUCCGGAGCGGAUGAUUUUUCUAUAUGUCGGUAUUUUUUAAUAAGGAGACGAAAAAAGGGUGAACACGCGUUUCGUAUUUUCGAGACGAGGAUCACGAUCGAAGGUGUGUUGUUUCCCGAGUUUUCCUCCGAGGAGGAAAGGGGACGAGAUUUCGAGAUUCGAAAUUAUUCACUCCGAGGUCUCGUCGAUUGUAAUCGUGUCCGUGGAUUCUUCUAACGAUAAUUAAUAAUCGAAUAUAUGGCACGUUGAGGGGAUGGGGUGUAAGGGUUGUAUAUGCGGUUAUAUAAGGGGAUGGUACACGAGAAACGAAAGCGAAAGAUUAGAAACGUAAUAAGCGCGAAAGGAAGACAUUUUUUCUUGUGGGGGGGUCUCGAGGAUGGCUAUAUUAAACGAGGAAAGAGAGGUUAAUGAGUGGUUGAACUAUGAAUAGAGUUUAGAAUAUAGUCAUUAUGGAAGAGGAGGAGGAGGAGGAGGAAGAGGAGGAGGAGUGACGAAGAUGAGAGGUUUUGAAAUCAUCGAUAAAUAUAUACGUUUUAUUGGAAAACAAAGGUUUUUCAGAUUUUCUAGUUAAGGGAAACUUUCCUUCGUUUCGCACGUCGGCCAAUUUGCUCGACGCCCAAAGAAGAAUAUCCUUGAAUUUCGUUAAAUAUUUUAGAGACUCGGCUCUAACUCGGUUAUCUCUCGACGUUCGUCGCCGCGGAUUCUUCCUUCCUUCCUUUCUUUCAAGCGGCGGUAAAUUGUUGAUUUUUUUGUCAAGACCGAAAGAAAGGACGAGGGGAUAACAAGGAGAGAAGGAAAACACGCGAAAAUAAAGGAGAAACGAAAGGGAAGAAGAAAACGUGGUCGUCGAACGGGGUCGAGAAUCGUGUUCUAGUGAUAGGCUACCUUAUCGUACUUGUGAACGCUCGACAAAGGAGGAAUAGAGGAGGAAGAGAGAAAGAGGUAGCGUGAGAAACAGAUGAGAAGAAGAAAAAGAAAAAGAAGAGGAAAAAGAGGAAGAAGAAGAAAAAGAAGAAGAAAAAGAAAAAGAAAAUUUUAUCCUGCAAUUUAUAUAUCGGUUGUUCUUCGAUGCGUUCUUUUUCACGCGGACAUUCACGUGGUUUAAAAUGAUCUAAUAAGAAGAUUGAAGUAUAUAUAAAUAUAUAAAUAUAUUAUAUAUGAAAAUAAAUAUGAAAAUAUUAUAUUAUAUGAAUCUACGUUUAAGAAUCGGUUUUUUUUUGUCUCUUAGUGUGUAAGGUUCUCUUUACAGCUGUGCUAGACAACUAUAGGUAUAUAUACGACGACACAUAUAUAUAUAUAUACACAUAUAUAUAUAUAAACGACAUUAAAAUUAACAGAAUUCACAUAUUAAUGUAUAGAAAAAUGAAAUACCGCUGUACGAAGUAUCUGCGUAUCGAUCGAUAAUACGAGCCUCGUACGGCUCAUCUUAGGAAUAAACAACUUGUAUCUGUUUAGCGAUUUAAAACUUCCAUGUACAAGUUUUUUACAUAGGGAAGAAGAGGCGAGACGAGUCGAACGAUCGAGCGGCGAUUCGUCGGACACGCGCGAUAAUCCUUUCGGCCUUUUCUCUUUCCGUUCUCUUCUCCUGGUGUGUCAGGAAGGAGGGCACAGCACAGAAAAUGAUAUACAAAGUACGAGAGACAAUAAGAGUACCUUAUCCCGGAUCGUCGGUAAAAAUCGUCCAUGAUGUUUGGCUGAAAGGAAAGAUCGAUGAAAAAAAUAAGACAAAUUCUAAAAAGCAAAUAUUUGAAUCGAAAUUACGAAGAGAAAUAUGUAUUUGCGAGGAGGAGGAAUAUCGUGCGUGUCCGAUAGAAGGAAAUUGCCGCGCGAUCUUUCACUGUGUAAUCUUUUUUUUUUUACGUUUGUGACACAUACAUAUAAGUACAUUGACACACUGUAAUAACGCGCGCGCACGAACACACAGGGACAGCAGGUAGACACUGAAUCGUAUGUUACAUACACGACACACAGGUGGUACACACGAAAGUCGAUGUUCUUUCAGUAGUCGCGAUUAUACGAAUAGCCGAGCCGCGUGGACCGUGAUCAGAGCAGAGACGCGUCCGAUCUUUUCUUACUAUAGCGCUACUCCUCGUUUAACGUUUUAUCGAGCACAUCCGGCUCGCUCGUUAGUCCAUUUUUUUAUUUCACUUCCCUAUCCACCCGAGUCGAGAGUUCUUCCGUGCGAUCAUUUAUCCUUCUCUCCCUUAUUAUUUUUAACUCUUUGAACCCUUACAUUUUACCCUUCUACUUGUUUAAUCGACUCAUCGAUGCUUGUAUACGAAUAGAUUAACAUCUCGGUUCAAUAAUCAAUGGUUUACGAGGAUUCUUUUUAUUUUCUUUUAUUAUCCUGAUCCUAAUCGAUAAAUAUAUAUAUAUUGUUUUUACGUUAACGAAUUCAAGGGAUCGGUUGACGGGGAAGAUCGAAUCGCACGGAAGAUAUGGCGAUAAGAAGAACGGAUUUUUCUUUUCAACGAUCAUGUUCGUGGAUCCAUGCCUCUUUGAGUUGAUCAGAUUUUUUUUUUUUUAACAAAUUAUCUAUCUUUUAUGCGGAAAACACGUUACUCUUUAUCAAGAUUGCAUUAUCAAGUUUGUAUUAACAUUAUAACGACGUCCAAGGAAUAUGAUAUGAUAACUCGCGAGUUCGAGAAUGCAUAUACGUAUACUUACACGCUAUCGUAGGUUUCUAGGGAUUUUUUUUUAGCGCUUUGUUCCCAACCGCGCCAAUUUCGAACUCGCGAUUUCUUCUUCGAUGAGAUCGAUAACGGUCCAUCGAGCGGGGAAUAAAAUAUGAUUUUUCCUGUUUUUCUUUUCUUUUCUUUUCUUUUUUUCUUUCCUCGUCGAUCCUGUUGUCCAUCGAGCCGAAAUCGCGCCACGGCUCGAUAUCUAUGCGAAAUGCGAAUUGUAAAUCUCUCGAGAGUUAUUCUCUUGAGAUCAUUUAAAUGGAGGAGGAAAGAAUAAUUCUUGAAAGCAACUCUGGAGAAAUUUAACAAACCGAAAAAUAUUCGCAUCCUUUUACCUUACCUUACCUUACCUUACACGUUGAAACACUAGGUUCGACAUUGAAUACGAUAUUCGUCGAGUUUUCAGUCGCGAGAAUCGCGGGUACGUUUAAUGAGGGUGAUUCUUCUCGAAAUUAUAUACAUUGUAGGGAGGACGAAUUUUUCGGAAACUACGAAUAAUACCUUAAUACCUCAAGUUAUUAUUAAAUUAUUGGAAACACUGUGUGCUUUUUAUCGUCCAUCGUCGGUUGUGUAGUAGUAGGAAAUUUUAGUAAAGGAGGAUUCUCGGUGAUCGUGCCCGCGGAGCCGCGCGCGUUUUUUCUCGUUUUCCAGCCCGGGUUAUUUUCAGGCGCAGAGACGUGGAAACAGGGGUGUGAAUGGGGGGAGCGGAACGAAAGAGAACGAGAGAGCGAAAGACGUGCAAGUACAGCGUUGCGAGCGCACCGAGAAUGGUAGACAGAGUGCGAGGGAAGAAAGGGUUGCAUGUUAAACGGAAAAAAAAGUAGAUGAAAAUAAUAAGAAGAAGAAGAAGAAGAAUUUAACCGAAUCGCGCCACUUGUGCAUCAACAAAAUACGCGACUUUAUCCAAAAGACGUACAAAGUGAGAAAGAGAAGAGUGAAUGAGAGGGCUGCGAAGAGAGGAUUAUAAAGAGAGAGAAAGACGUGUAUGAUGCCAUUGAACACGAACGUGGAACCGGAAGGGGAAAUCAAAUAGAGAGAGAUGCUGGAAGAGAGAGAGAGAGAGAGAGAGAGAGAGAGAGAUGGAUGAUUGGUGGCACAUAAUUCUUCCCAGUGGAAAAAAAGAAAAAAGAAAAAAGAAAAAUCCUUUCGGUUUCGCGUGUGUCGAGUCCCGAUUAAGUUUGACAGAUUAUAAAUCUCACUCCCUCCCUUUUUGCAAAUGCUGAUUCAGAGGCCACUGUUUUUUCCACGCCCACACGAUGACGAAGAGAGCGAGAGAGCGAGAGAGUGAGAGAGAUAGAGAGAAAGAAAGAAAGAAAGAGUAUUAGAGAAAAUGAAGAAAAAAAAAAGAAGAAGAAGAAGAAAAGAGAUUGAUUAUUUCCUUGUGAAGAAUCUCCUUGUAAUUUGAUGCGUGUAAUUUAAAAUGUACAUUGCCGAAAAAGAGAAAAAAAAGAAAAAAAAAAAAGAAAAAAAUAUGGUGUUGUUAUAAUAUCUGAAACGUGUUACGAACGACGAAGAAAUUUUAUCGAAGUGCGCUACUGGAGAGCGAUUUUGUUUUUUCUCGCGGACGGCGUUUACGUUGAUCCUGUUUCGCGCCUUGUCUCUCGACAUUAUUUAAUUAUUCUACCGUUGAUCCUUACGAGAAGAGAAAGUUUAUUAAUCGAGCGAGUAAAGUAGAUUCGAGUUAAAGAGGGAGAAGGGAUUGGAGAACAAAAGGAAAAAAGAAAAUAUAAUAAAAUAGGUUAUAAGAUCGAGCAUAAAGAGGAAGUUUUUACUUUUGAAAAA